UCCGGUGGUGAGCGAGCACACCGGCCACCGCUGCCGCGACUGCUGGUUCUUGUCCGUCGGUGAUAUUUUCAGUGUCGUCCACGAUAUAGCGAAGAACGCGCGCGAGCGAAUUACACCGCUGUUAAUAAAAAAAUAGUGUACAAUUUACUAUUCUCGUUGAAUUGAAUUGAUUUUAUUUAUUAUUAUUGUUGUUAUCAUUGUACAAUUUAUAUUAUAAUAUUAUCAUUAUUAUCAAUAUUAUUAUUUCAACGAGUAUUGUUUACAGUCGACUGCGCGUUCGAAUUCUAAUUAUUAUUAUUGUUCCCGAAAACAACAUGUUGCGAUUCGAGUCGAACGCCGACGACGCCUACGGUUUUAAAGUAUAAUAUUAUAUUCAGAGAAGUUAUCUCGUGUGUAGUCGCCGUGAUCAUUUUGUGAACAAAUUUGUACAUCCAAUAAAUCACCUACUGUCGUCUACACAAUCGCAAGUUGGACGAAGUGAUCCGUUGGAGCUACAUAACCAUUAUUUCAGUCUAGUCGACGCUGCCAUAAGGCGCCGCCACUCCUUUCACAAUUGUGGCAUCUGUCACAAGAGAUUGGCUAACGAUGGCGUUGGUCGUACCGGAAGAAUCACAAAGGCCGUACCGAUUCGGCAUGACGUUGGUGUGCAUUGGUGCGCUGUUCAACUGGCUAGGGUUGGCAGACCAUCACACCAAACCGGUGCCUGCGGUCAGAUACAUUGGAGUUGGUCUGGUCGCCUCCGGUGCUGUGCUCAUAUGUAUGGCCAUGUGCUUUUGGAUGAACAGCGUACGCGAAGAAGAAGAUGACGAUUCGACGGACCACGUGCACGUGAUUUCGGUAGAUCCGCCGGUGCGGCUGGACGAGAAGCCUCCGGAUUACGCUUCGGUGGUGGACGUUCCUCCCAGCUACGACGACGCGAUCAAGCUGGAUCCUCAACGGUUGUUGGUCGAGAGCCAGAUGAUGGACACGUGCGCCAUAACGAUACCGGACGACAGCUGCGACAAGACGAAUAUCAAUAAUUCUUCGUCCGGCGGCACGGUUACAGGCGGACAACAGUCCACGUUGGCCCAAGCCAUCAGGAAAAGUAUACGCGACAUACGUAAACAGCUGACGAACACUGUGAACGAUUCAGCAUCGACUGAUGACAAUGAACAGCAGCAACAGAGCCACAGCCUAAACGGUUCGAAUGACGGCGCGGCCACGGGCAAAUCGACGACAAACACGACGCACGCCUCAACCAAUUAAAAAAAAAAUAUAUAUUAACAAAUAAUAUUUUGGCGUUAAAAAGUUUUCAACAAGACUGAAAUAAUAAUGAUAUUAGAGUAUAAGGAUUUUAAUCUUGAUUAUUAUUAUUAUAAUAUAAUACGCGAUAUUAUCGCAAUAAUUAACAAUUGCGACGUAUUAUUAUGAUUUUUAACGUAAUAUACCUAAUCUUUCAUUUUCCUAACUUGCGGGAAACAUAAUUGUGUUUGAAAAAUAAUGGUUUUUAAAUAAAUUAUUAUAUUUUUAAGAUGCGUAUUUUGCUAUAAAUUAUAAAUACAAUUUGUAUCGCCUAUUGAUACGACGUACAUAAACGUGUUGCUACAAAUUACUUUGUGUAUACAAUACCAUAAGUGCCUAAUCAUUUUUCUGUUUACUUGAAAAAGACUACAAUCAUAAGGUUAGCUUUAGUAACACAAAUGAGUAUAAUAUACAUAAUAAUUGUUACUUAUAUAUUAAACACUGUCUCCGCGAUUAUUUUUAGAAAAAGAUAAAAUAAUAUUUUUAUAAAUAUUAAUGCUAUGUACAUUUGAAAAAAUUGCAGACAAAAAUGUGAUAUAAUGUAACUAUUGUAUAAUUUUUUAACGUUCUCUUUUGUAAUACAUUG